AUGAUAAUAGCAUUGAUUUGUGCUUUCAAUGUAAAUUUUGCUUCAUCAAUUUUAAAUACAGUAGUCACCCCUUUGCCGAUCGGAGAAGAAAUUUCAAAAACUCAAAAUGACACUUGGGCUUAUUUCAAAAUUAAAGGCUUCGAAUCUCCAAGCUUAUAUUUAUCUGUCAGUAUUGACCUUUCUGAACCUGAAUCUGUAUGCUUACUCCCCUCCCUCCAAAAAAAUUUUGGAGAGGGUUAUGCUUUUUUCUAAAAAUUGUGCAUACAAAUUUUAUAGUAAUUUUUUUCUCGAAUAUCCAUUUUUGGAAAGCUAAAAUUAAUGUCUUAAAACACAAGCUAUUCGAAUUCAACAGAUUUAGCUCGAUAUUUCAUUAUAGUAAAUAUCAUUUAUAUAUCAACAUUUUAUUAAAUUUUUUGUUCACUCAUGGAGGUGAUUUCGGGCAAAAAAUAGGGACUUUUCCAAUGGCUUUGCUUACUUACGGAGUGGUACGAGUUAGUUGUCAAGCAAAAUACAGUGCCUCAGCUCUACGCAGGGUACCCUCAAUAUGAUUGAAUUGAUAUAGAUAAUUGAAAGUUGGGGUCAAAGAAACAUGAUGUUAUUAUAUCUCCGUGAAAAUAUUCAUCAUAUUCUUUGUACAUAGGAGUUUAUUUACAAACAGAAGCAGUUAUACAAUACACAAUUAAAGCAGUGCAAUCUGAAUUUAAACCCUGUAAGAAUAACUGCACUGAGAAUGGAACAUGUGAUGGAGGAACCUGUGAUUGUAAUUCAGGGUACAUUGGCAAUGAUUGCCAAGUCCCUGCAAUUUCUUUAAGCCUAGGCUCUUCUCAACAAAUGAGAAUUAAUCCUGGUUCAAUAACUUAUGCUUAUUAUGGAGAUUUAAAUUCCGAAACUGGGAAAAACAUAAACGUGAAUAUAAAGUCUUUCGGAAACCCUAUAACUGUGUAUAUUAAACCUUCACAAGCCAAUAUGGCAACAACUUUACCGUCAGAGUCAGUAUUUGUAGCAACUGCUAAAAGUACAGAUAUCGAGUACACAAUAAAUUCGAAAGAUUUGAUGACUUAUUUUGCAAUAGUGAAUGAUGAUAUUAUUGCUAUAGAUCUUAAGUGAGAUUUAUCUUAUAAUAGUAGUUCUGACAACUCAAAAGAAAUAAUUUUUUACACCUUAAUUACAGUAUCAUCCGUAGUCGUUUUAAGUUGGGUUUCAUUUGCUCUGUAUAAAUCACGAAAAAGAUUUCAGGUCAUUUCAAAUCCAGCUGAAAAUUACUUAGAAAGAGUUCUAGAUUUAAAGAUAAUUGAUGAGAAUUUUCCAGAGAAAAAACUAAGGCAAUCAGAUAUUGACCGCGGGAAUUCAUCGUGCCCUAUUUGUUUGGAAAAUUUUGCAAUAGAUGAUAUGAUUAGAGAACUGUUAUGCGAUCAUAUUUACCAUCAAAAAUGCAUUGAUGAAUGAUUUGCAACUAAAUCUUACUGCUGCCUUUGUAAAAGAGAUUAUAAAAGCAUUGAUAGCAUGGAUUUGACGAGACCUAUUGAAGAAACUUUACAGAUGAGCAACACCCUAGGACUAAUAGUCGGAGCUAAUGAAGAAUCCCUAGGAAUCACUAUAAGCAACCCUAUUCAAGAAGAGUAUAUCGAGGAUGAAAACGAAGACGUAACCUUCAGAGCCAGCUCAAAUUUUAAUUAG